UCAACGAAUCUCGUCUCGAGCAUGACGGGGAGGCUACAUGCUAGUAUAGCUCUGCUAGUUAGCUCCAUGCAGAGUAAAGCGGUCCGCUGGCUCGUGAUGCAGGAGCCUAGCUAGCUAUCCACAGAGACAGUUGUAUAUGUCAACAGCUCCUCUGGACGCAGGAAGCGGUUAUUUAGCGUGCUCUUUUAAAAGCUCGGAUAACCUUCACUCGUGAGGACACACGGCCCGUUUACGAUUCAUUAGCCCGGAUAAAAGUUAGCAUUUAUAAAAGAUCCAGAUGGAAAAGAAAGUUCGGAACCAGGACAUAAACCCAUGCAUCGAACAAAGUGAUGCCUCCCGUAAGUGUUUGGACGUCAACAACUAUGAUAAGAGCAAGUGUUCAACCUAUUUCAAGACAUAUAAGGACUGUAGGAAAUACUGGCACAACGUAAUGGUGGACAGGAGAAGAAACGGGGUGAAACCUGAGAUGCCCUCUGCUGCAGAGAGGCAGGAGAUGCUUGCUGCUAUCGGAGGCAAACCAUACUGAGAGUCAGCAGUGUCACACAAAGACACUGAAGAGCAGUAGGCCCAGGAACUGUGAUGCUACGAAACAGCAGUGGCUGGGUGUAUACUGUGACUGAUCUGUUCUCAAGCUCAGCUCAUGUUAAAGUGACAUUUAUAGAUGGACUUUAUUCUACAAUAACACUGAAGGGUGGUGUUACAGUGCUACAACAUAUGAAAUGGAUUAUUUAUUGAGGUGAUUAAUGUGUCAUGAACUGUCACAUAAUGAAAAGAAUUAAAGAUCAUUUAAAGCA